CGCGGUUCGCGGUGGAAUGUUCCGAGGGAGAAAAGCGUCCAGCUACAGCGACGGCAACGACGAAAGUGAGGGGCGCACAACGGGUAGACGAGAACAACCCUCUUUCGCUGCUAUCACCACCGACACCACUCUUGCGUCUCCUCGCCACGGCAUCGGGCGCGGCGGAAACGCGCCGUCGCGACGCCGCCUCGCGAAUACGCACGCGCCACGACGCCGGAGGUGGCCUCCUGGUCGCCGAAAAAAACAAAUGGAAAUGUCAAUUGGAUCGAAAAGUAUUGCCGGAUUUUCAGCGACGGUGUGUGAAGUUGUCCUAGAAGUCCUACAGGAAUGUGCGGACUCAUUGGCCGUUUACCAAAACAUCUUACGACAACAAUCGACAAUAGAAGAUGAUGAUGCCACUAAUAUUUUCCCAAAUGUUAAGAUUUCGGAAACGUCUAUUCUGCAAACGCUUGCCAGAGGCGCCGCGGAAAUGACGGAUUCACGAAGGGAGGCUGCACGUGAAAAGCUUCUACAAGACAGUUUAUAUGUGAGCAGUAUAAUAGAAGACUUGAAGCGGGAAAUUAGCGAACAUGGAACCAUCGAUGUAUUAAUCAAAGAAAUCGAGAGAAUUACGUCACAAGAAGAACAAGAGCAUCUUUUAAUAGAAGAGAAUGAAAGCAUGCAAAUAAUCGUGGCAGAGUUACGAAAAGCAAUUGCCGAUAAAAAAACAGCAAAUGAAAAGGAAGAAGAGCGUUUAACAAAGAAGCUUACUUUGACACGGGACGAGAAGGAGAAGCUGAAACUAAUUAAGGACGUGGAGAUAAAAUAUGUCCGAGUGUGGGAAGCGGCACGUCGGGAGCAGUAUGUACUACGUUAUGAGUUGAAAAUGGACGAAUUGAAAAAGACAUUGAAUGAUCAUUGCGUGCGCGAGAGAAAUGAAAAUCACGUGAAUGAUGUAUUAAUGCGUUAUCUGACGCGACGUAUAGCGCUCAUCGAGACUCGGAUCGAGCAAUGGCGACAGAGGUACGAUCGAGAGAAGAAAAUGUAUGAGAAGGAGAUCCGUAAAGUACGCAAUGAGAUUGGAAAUGCUCAGAAAUACUUGGAGGAACUUACGACGGAGUAUUGCAAUAAUCAGGAAUUCAUCGACACGUACCUCGCGGAGCAGGAGGCACUUCGAAGACAAAAGGAGCACGAGGAUCAUGUGCGCCUCAGUAUAAUUAAGAUGCAAGCCUGGUGGCGAGGUGUUAUGGUGCGUCGAAAGCUGGGGCCGUAUCGAUCUGAAGAGAAAAAGAAGAAGAAGUCUGUUAAAACAAAAAAAUAA